AGCGAGAAGCAGAGAAGAGCAUACUGCGAAAGCAAACUGGCAAUAUUUCGCCCAGUAUAUAUCUACUUUUUCACGGCAAGAAAUUAACAAAGAGUUUUCGAUAUAGUUCCCGUGGCGAUUGCUGGGUGCGCAAAAGCCACUGGCCUGCAGUUCAGGCUAGAACCAAGUAUAGACCGGAAGUGAAGUCCUGGAAUCUUGUGCAAUUUGCGUACUGCGACGCACCAAACAUUCUUUUUUUUUUGUAUGCUGUGAGCUGCGAGGAGGCGGAAAUCGGGAGUUGGGAAUCCGGAAUCGGGAAUCAGGAGUCGGGGGAAAUGGAGCAGAACUCUAACAGCGCUGUUGCGGAGUCGUUCGCGGAGGCACCUGCUCAGGAUGCGGAGUACGGCAUCGAAAAUUGCUCCGGAUCGGCCUCGGGUAGCGACACCGUGAGCGCUAACCAUGAGUUUCAGACCAUGAAACCAGGUCCCGGGGUGGCACACAAACUGGCGACAGUGACUACCACAACAGCCAACACCAUGAGUAAUGGACGCACACGAGCCGAACUGCCGCACAGCGAGCUGGUGAAGAUGCUGUACUACUUGGAGGGCGAGCUGCAGGCGCGGGAUGUGUGCAUUGCCGCCCUGCGAAAUGAGCGGGUGAAGCAGCUCAUUGCCCAGCUGCGUACCAAGCGGCUGCAGCCCAACGAUCCCUACGCGGCAAUAUUUCGGGACAAGAUCGCACUCAAUGGAAAUCUCAUCUCCAGGGAAUCGUCAACACAGGCAGCCCAGGCCGAAAUGGAGGUGCGUCAGAUUAUUGAGCAGCAGAUGGAACAGCAGUAUCAAAUGGUCAGCAAACAGAGAGCCACACACGUGCGAAUGGUCAACAUACUGACCGAGUCGCUGGAGAACAACCAGCGGAUGCUUCAGGAACUGGAGGAAGAGAAGCGCAAGCACGAGCAUACCACAGCGCAGGGCGACGACAUCACCUACGGCCUGGAGAUGGAGCGCACGAAAUUAAAGCAGGAGUUGGAGGAGGAGCGCGCCCAGGUGGCCAAGAUGGAGAAGGACUUGAAGAAGCUACAGGAAACGUUAGAGUACGAGCGCAAUCGGCAAAAGCAGAUUGUGCUUUUGCUGAUUGCAGAGCGCAAGAAGAUAUUGAUGAAGUACAUUGAAGAAGGCAAACGCUCUGAGGACCUGGCUCAAAUCCUGGCCGAAGAGAAACAGCGUUCGGACACCAUAGCCGAGGGCCUAGAGGAAGAAAGCAAAAAGUCGUUGCGCAUGGAGGAGGAGCUGGAGAAGCAAACACAUGCCAUGGAGCUGGAAAGAAAAACCCUAUUUGCCAAACUGGCCAAGGAGGAGCUGCGGGUCAAGGAGCUAGAGCAGGAACUCAGUGUCCUGCGUGGCGAGCACGAGGCCCUCAAAAAGCAGCAGCCGCUGGGGGGCAGCGGCUCAUCGGUGGCCACCGCCAAGGCGCGACAGUUCAGCGACGACGCCUGUGCCACACCCCCCAUGGUGAACAUCGCCAAGAUCGUGCAGCCGACCGCCACAGUGAGCAGCAUGCCGGUUUCGGGACCACAGACCGGCAUCGCCCGCUCCAUAGCGCCGGGCCAGAACAUCCGGAGCGCUGGCAUCGCAACGGCGCCCACGGGCACGGCCACAGCCGCAGUAGCACCACUCUCGGCCGUGCUCAACCAUACCACCAGCACCACGAACAGCACCACCAGCAGCUGUAACUCGACUGCAGCCCCCGCAGCGGUGGAGGCAUCUGCAACCGUCACCGUGACGCUGGUGGCGCCACCGUCUCCCUCGCCGGCGAAGAUGCAGCCCACGGCCACAAUCCAACGGGCACCCGGCGGCAAGUACGCCGCUCUGGCUGCGGCAGCUGCCCUCGACCAGACAGCCACACCACCGCAUCCGCAUCCCGUUCCCAUCGCCGUGCCACCGGUCACCGUGCCUCCGGCGGGAGCCCGCGGCGCACCGCCACCUAUACCGACCAAGCCGAUCGUGCCGCCCAAGCGGGAGCCGUCGCUCUCCCGGCUGGGCUCGAUCACGGGCAGCAGUGCCAUAGCAGCGGCUGCCACGGCAGCAGUAGCGGCCACCGCAACCACCACGGCCACGGCGUCGACGAGCGUGGCCGCUGCAGCUGCCGCCGCGGCAGCGGGCACGGCUAAGCAUAAUUAGACAUCCCCUUCCCCAAUCUCAGACUCAGACUCACAUUAAUAACCGAUAUUUGGCGUAGGAUAAGCGAAAUACUCAAGCGGCGUAGUCCUCCGAUGACCACGCUAGGCAACAGGAUCUUCCGUCUCGAACUGCCAUCAGAAAUCGUUAUUCUGCAGAACAUGCAGCCACUUCUUCGUAAACUGUUCCAUUUUUUUUAAAUUUUUUUCAACACAUUCAUCCAAUACUUGCAUUAAACCACUCGAGUUUGGUUUACAAAUAAGAUAAUGUUAGGAUUACUGAACAGGAAACUAUUUUGCAUAAAGUAUUUCUUGACCAAUAAUCCUAACUUUAACUAACUCAUAAAUAUUUAUAAUUUUUUUUAUUGUAAUUUUUCUAAUUUUUAAAUUUUUUUUAACGUGUUUUCAAUUCUACUUUCUAACGAUUUAUAUUCAAUUUGUCACUGAUUUAGUAGUACACAAAAGUAUGCCUUAAUCAAGGCAUAAUGUUGAAAAGUCGUUUGUAAUUAGUAUUGAUAUUUUUGCAUAAUUUGUUUAUUAUCUGAAAUUAUGUGGUUCUGCAAUUUUACAAUCAAAUUUAAUUAUGUUUCUACAAAACCCCAUAUUUCGUCAAUUGAAAUACGCUACUUUUUAAGAAUCAAAAAUAUUUGAAAUGUGAUUGUGCUUUAAGAUGGUAUUAUUUGUGAAAUCAGAACGACUCUGCAGAAUCCCUAAUAUUAAAACUUAGUUGAUAUAUUUUUAUUUUUUUGUAACGUCCAUAUAUAGUAGUAGUAUUAGUCUUUCUACACAAUUGAAGUCCACAGGCUUUUGUCAGUUCGGGAUUGGAACCAUUAGAAACAUACGUGUUUCGAGUCUUUAAGUAUUUUCUGUUGCCUAGUGUCAUUGGCUAAGGAAUAAUGAGGAGUAAGAGAAAAAGUUUGUUAAGCAUUAGAAUGAAGAACACGCAGUGCGACCCCAUCCGGCGGCUUCUUUUUUAAGUCUAGUUUAGUUUUUAUUGUUUUUACCAAGCGGUUGGUAUGUUUUAUAAAGCCGUUGGCGGUCACAGGGCCAAGCCAAGAGACAAGCGACUUUAAUUGUAAUUCCGUACGUAGUAACCGAACAUUUGUACAAGGCCGUGCGAUUCUCAUAACGAUUAACAACCAGAAUAUAUAGUAAUUAUAUACAUACCCACAGA